GAAAAUCCGACUUGUUCCAUUUUUUUAAAGUCUGCAAUUAGGGAAUGGCUUUCUAUGCCAUAAGUCCCGAUGUGAAUUCUCUUUGUCUGAUCAUUUCAAAAUUAAACCAAAGGAUUAGGUCACUCAUAAGCUCGCACGGUACCUACCUACUUAUGAAUCACUAAGUAACAUGUUAGUAUUAUUAGCUUGUCUCCACAACUAUAAGCUCCCAAAUAGGCUGUAGCUUAAUAAGGUAACGUGCCGGAGGUAGCAACUGUAACCGAAAUUUUGAGAUCAGUUGUCAGCAGCUAAGCUAACAAUACAAUCCAUAGUAACAAUGGGUGACUCUGGUUGGAGUUUAGGAGUGUUAUCACUUUGACAUAAGCACUUAUGAGUAGGUACUAUUAUACAUACGAUGUUGAGUGGUAGAGAAAGCCAGUCCGCUUUUAGCAUUUCAAUGAAAAGGCUAUGAAACAAAAUACUAAAUAAUUAAAAAGUACCUAUAUGGAGUAACCUACAUUUGCACCUGCUUGCAUCUGGUGUGCAUGAGGAUGUGAAUAGGUAUGAAAGUUAUAAAAAAAGAUCUGGUAAGUUGAUAUAUAAUCGUUACAUUCUUAUCUGCAAUGACCAUAUAACACCAUAACUAUACUAUACAAAUGCUACAAUGCAUUAUCUGAAGUACUUGAUUACAUUUAAAUAUACAUGUAAUAUGAAUAUUGUAUUAGUAUGGGCACAUACUGAUUGCAUAAAAAUAAUAUAAAAAAUAUAUGCAGAAUCAAACCAAAUGGUUGGCACACCUGUUGUAUGUUAUUCUUUGUUCGUAUUGGUCGGUUGUCAUUAGUAUAAUGUGUGUAUAAUCACGUGUCCGAAUGGCGGGAAACUCUUCCGAAUCAUUAUGACAUAACAAGCCAACGUUUGAGUUAUCAGCCGAUAACGUCACGCCGGCCGGCUAAUAAUAUCCACCGAUUUCCCGCUCAAAUGCCGCCAACUUGUACUAGGGCAAGGCAAACUCAAAACUAUCCCCUUUUCUUACUUCACCUGUGUCGCAAGACACAAAAAGCGUCCUUGGAUUCCAUUGUUUGCGCGCCAAGUGGAAGUGGCUGCCAAAAUCGGCGAUUCGGCGCGCCGGAGCGCGGGAAACCGAGCGUCAGUCAGUCGCAAGCGAGAGGCAAACGCGCGCGUACGCCACAGCCACGCCGCGCUUUUAGGUUAGAAUUGGCGCGCGCCAGGUGUUAUCUCUCCCCCGCUCUAACUCACGCGCUCCCCAACCUCCCUUUCUAUCUGAGAACAGCUGUUUUCUCUCGGGAGAUUAUUAGUCAGAUGUCCGCGAACCAGUCCUGAUCACCUGACGCUUUGCCAUGGCCGCGGGAGGACGGACGCCGAAACAGAGGAGAUUCGAAGUGUCUUCAGGAAUGGCGCCUUUGAGGAACGUCGCGAAUACACCAAGGAGACGUCGUGGGAGUUGCAAAUGUCUGUUUGGAGCGCCGGACAGGGAUGAAACAAGACGUUUAAUGGCGGAGCAGUAUUCGAGAGAAAGGAAGCGGUUUAUAAGAAGAUUCAACUUUGAUAUUGAGACGGAGUGUGUUUAUAAGGCGUCAAAAAUGGAUUCGCCAGUGAAGUUUUUGGAGGAGGAUAGUACGAAGUCUCCAAGGUCAGCGGCGGAGGCGCUAGCGAGCGUAGGGAACACGGAACUGAGAAUGUUGUCGAGCCCACGGCGGAGCAGCGGUCCCAAUUCGCCGCGAACACCACGCACGCCACGAACGCCACGAGCGGCGCGUACGCCGCGAACACCACGCACGCCGGCGUCUAGAAGACAGCUGCAGAUGACAGAUUAUUGGACGUUAAGAAAACGCACGGAGUCGGCGUCAAGCGAUAAAGAAAAUUAGAAAUUUAAGUACUAAAACUAUAUAUUAAUUAUAACACAACUUGCUAUUCAUAAUAGCAUGUUUUAAAUUAUGUGCUAAAUGAUUUUAUUAUGUAUUUAUAUACCUAAUGUAAAUGGUAAUACUAGAUACGUUUUCCUAAAUUGUAACUAACUAUUUGGUUAUUUUUUUAAUCCGAUUUAACUGGUUUCUGAACAUUAUAUAGAUAGAUAUCUAAAUAGGUAAUCGAGAAAAUACAAGUAUCACUUUUAAUUGCUUUUGUUUCAUAACAAGUUCCGUUAUAAACUAAGGUUUAUUAUUUCCAUUUCCAUGAAACAUUGAAUUUGUAAUUUUAUUAGUGAAUAAAACUAUUUUUAACCUCAUUAGAUCUGUAAUAUAAUUUUCACCACACCAGUGGUAGCUCUUGAACGCAGCAGGUAGCUGUGUGGCAAUGUAAUCAAAUGCAAAUUUUGAGCUAUUUCCUUAUGUUGGCUGCUAGAGUUGACUUUUAAAUGAUGAUUUUGAAUGACCAAUAUUUCAUAACAUUCAUUUUGAAUUGAUUUUGUUUGAUAUUAUACAGUAAGUAUUUUCCUUGCGUUGGUGUGGUGAAAGAAUUUGUUUCACUAGGAGGCAAAAUUUAUUUAACCCUCGUGCCUUGAAGCCCUAGCAACGCUUAAGAUUGGUUCAAUAUUAGAACCUUUCAUUUGCUCAGGUAUCAAUAUUAGCACGAGAGGUUAAACAACAACUUUGCCCCCUUGUAAAACAAAACUAUUUACUUCAACUGUUGUAAAAGCAUGUUUUGUAAAAUUAUUUAUUUUUAGAUACCUACUCGUAGUAGUUGAAAUCAAAUUAUGUUAGUGAUGUUAAAAAUCAUUGUUGUUCAGUGUUUUCGCAGAUAAAAUAUCUUGUUUUAGUAUUUAGAAGGUUUGUGUUUUUUUAAUUCAGAAUCAGGAAUUGGUUCUAACAAAAAAGAGUUCCAAGCUCCAUUCAAUGUUAAAGUUUUGUAAUUAUUCAAAACGCAUAAAAAUGGGGGACAUUUUUUUUAUCAAUGAGUAGUACUCAUCCCUGUGAAUAAAAAAACAUCAAAACAAACUUUUAAAAUAAUUAAGGUAUUAUUUUCUUCUGAAAACGCCCUUUGGCAUGUCAGACAACGUGUUAAAUGUUACUAACUAAACAUGAAAUAGUAGCUGUCAAGUCCAUUUCAUGUUAUUCAAAACUUUUUUAUUGUAUAAAUAAGUUUGUUUAUGAUCUAGUCUGUGAUCUCUGCAAUAAUUUCUUAUUUCACCGUAAAAUCAAGUGUGAACGCUUCCUAAUAAUCUGUCCCUUAGUUUUAAGAGCUAUUUAGUACAUUUUAAAAUUAUUUGUACAAUUGCUAUUAAACUAUAAUUAAAAAUGGCUGUAGGCUAAUAUUUUUGUCUUGUUUUAUAGAACACAUUCCACAUUCCCCUAGGGUGACGUGAAAUUGCGAGUAAGAGUGGAUUGAAUAUGGCCAUUUUUAGAAAAUAUGUCUAGUGUCUAAUUUCCACGACCACACAGAAAACUUAAGAGGAAAAAAUAGCUUUGCGAUCCUAACGACAUAACGGUACUUUUUCUAUGAAAUUUCCGUUUUGGGAGAAAACGGUUUCCACUAACUAACUCUUAACAAAUCACUUUAAUUUUGAUGUCUAUCGCUUCAGGUUUAUAGGUUUCGCUUUAAAAAUGUUUUUCAUUGUGUCUAUUGACACAAUUACAUACUAAAAAAUAAUGGAGAAUGGAAAAUAUUUAGUAGUGGCAAAACAUUUUAUCUUUUUGUUCAGACAAGUAUACAACACGAGCAUACGAUUGUUGUUAUACUUCCCUUUCAAGGAAAAGUGAUAAUUGGACAACCCCUAGACCUACUUUCUGAGAAUGGCCUAAAAGAUAGGUAAAAGUUUCGUGUGGUUAUUUUACAACCGUGUACAUAUAGCGAAACUAUAUAAAAUAGUAAAAUUUGAGCUAUAAUUUUUGUACCAAUAGUAAGUUGCUUCUGACUGUUAUGUAUGAAACAUUUGUUCUUGUAUCGAAAUUGUAAUAAAAUAAUAUGUAUAUUCAGAUUUAAAUUUUUGUUCUAUAUUUUUCGACACGGUUUCACGGUUCCUAAUAACCCCACUAAACUUUAUGGUCUUGUUCCUAAAUCCACGGGGAAAUGUGGAAGCGUGGCAGCUUAUCAAUUUCUUUCUAAGAAACUGUAUUAGACUGCUUUAUUAAAUUCGAGUCACUUCAAUUGAUACGACAUGGUUUAUAAAUAAUUAUGUUUAAAGUAUCAUUUGUAGUUACAAUCAAAUUUAGCCAUAAAUUCAACAUAUAAUUAUUAAAUUAGAAUGCAUUUACUUUACUGAAAUUACUUGCCUAAAAUUAUGUUUUUUUUUUUGUCAUAGGGCCAAUAUUAUUUAUUUUCAUGCAUCAAAACAAUUUCAGUAUAUUUUACUUAACACGUAACUCCUGUGACAGAAAAAAGUAAGAUUUUUGGAAGAUUUUUUUGUAAAUGCUAUAAUCAUCACAUCUCAAAAACAGCCUGUAUAUUUAAAUGAAUUUUCUUGUGUUUAUAUUAUGUAUACGCUUAGAUAUGAAAUAAUUAGAAUAACGAAAUAUUCCUACAUUUUUGGGUUAAACCCUUAACUUGGUGCGCAUUUAGAACUUUUUAAGAUGUAUUAAUAAUAUUAAUUAUUAAUCAACUACGUUUUUGGCCAUUUUUCAUAAUUUGUAAGUUUGUGUCCGAAUUUAGAUCAAAUAGUUGACUUCCCUAUUUUUGAGGUGUAUUCUAAUAAAUUUAAUAAUCAAAUUUUAUUUUAAUUAGUAAAUAUUCUUUAUUUUUUUAAACACUGUCAUAAAAUAGGAAAGCUUAAUUCAUGUUUUUGCAUGAAAUAAUAAACAUAUAACUUAUUUGAAAAAUGGUCGUAAGAAGUCUGGUCAGCCAAUCGACAUGUCACUAAAAUUGCCAUAAAAAAAGAUUAAAAAGACUGCGUCUCAUUCUUACAUUCGAGGAAAGAGGUGAGUAUGUGUUUUUAUAAUCUGGCAAACCAAUUUCUCAGUAGAAAAGGGCGCUUUGUUGUCCAUUAAUAAUUUUAAAUUUCGCGCCUUAUUCUGCGGAAAAAAAUUAUGUGUGCCUGACUAUAGUUAUGAGUUGCUGACACAGUUGGCUGGCCAAACUAUAGUAACUAAAUGAUAAGUCAUUUACAAAGACUUGUGCUGUAUAAAUCUUAUACUAAGUAAAAACAUUAAUUUACUAAUUGAAAAUGUGAACAAACGUUCAAUAAAUGAGUUGAGAAAUUUA